CCAAGCCAGUUCUGUGAAGACACUUCAAGACAGCAUCUCAGUUUUAGUUUCAACCCUUUCUUGAGUUUCUUCGCCUCGUUAUAUCUUUUCAAUCCUCGACUAGUUAUGUCUGGACGUGCUAAGGGAGGAAAAUCUCGUGUCAAAGGCAAGAGCCGAAGCUCUCGUGCUGGUUUACAAUUUCCAGUGAGUCGAGUCUUUCGUUUCCUCAAGAAAGGCCGUUAUGCUAACAGAAUAGGAUCUGGUGCUCCCGUCUACCUUGCAGCUGUAAUGGAGUACCUGACUGCUGAGAUACUCGAGUUGGCUGGUAACGCCGCCAGAGACAACAAGAAGCAAAGGAUUAACCCACGACACCUUCAACUGGCCAUUAGGAACGACGAGGAAUUGAACAGGCUGUUAUCUGGAGUCACUAUUGCUCAAGGAGGCGUUUUGCCUAACAUACAUGCUGUUCUCUUGCCAAAGAAAUCCGGAAGGACAGGUGCUGGAUCCCAGAGCCAAGAAUUCUAACUAUUAACAUAACCCAUUCUCUACAUAAAUCACUGUGUGUUCUAUUAUAUUGUAUCACUUAUUUAUCACCCUGUCACUUGUUCUUAUUGUUGUGUUUAAAAUAUAAAGUCAAAGUGUCUGUGCUCAAA